GUGGCUCUUUGAGGUGUAACCGCCCUAGGUAUCUGUACAAAAAAAUUAACCUAAUAUUUAAGGCAUAAAAUGUAAAUCUCCCGCCUUUUUUUUAUCAAAUCUACAAUAGAGACAGACCUAAAUUUAUUAUUAUUGUCUUGGUUAUUGUGAACUGUGGUCUGUGAAGUGUAAACGAUAAAUUAUGGAAUUAAACAAUUUUUCAAAAAUGUGUCAUGAAAAAGUAAAUUUAAAUACAGACUUUAUUUUUAACCAAUGUGAUCCAAAAAGUGUGUCAUAUAUACAACCAUUUUGUUUUGAUGUUGGGUUUAAACCAGUUAUCGGUUAUAUUUAUAAAAAAAAUGUUCGAAAAAUAAUUCAUUCUGCGGUAAAGUUACAUCAAAGUUCUGAAGAAGAGGAUGAUGAUGACGAUUUGGAUUUAACUGGAAAUCCAUUAGAGUGUCCUUUUAGUCCUGUAAAAGCUCAGAAGGCAAUAGCAGAGGCUGCUUUUAAACCAGAAGACAGCCAUAACCCAUUAAAUUUGCUACAAGCAAGACAACUUAUAUAUUUAAAACUCAAAGAUGAUUAUCUUAAAAGUAUACCUAUGUAUAUUUUAUGUGACGGAUUAAAAAACAAAAAUACUAUUUUAUUGGGCGGUGAUAUACAUAAAGAAUGGCAUUCUCGUUACUGGGCUGAAUAUAAAGGACAGAACAAUAUAGAACAUGUUGAACUGUCCGUACAAAAUAUGAUUCAGACUCAUAAAAAUUUUCCUCAAGUGUCAUCAAUGAUAUUGGAAUCAAAAGUUUCUGCUGCCAUAAACCUUACUACGUCUACUAAUACAGAAGAGUUAACAUUCAUCGAUAAUUGUCCUGGCAUGGUUGUCCUUAAUCUAACUUGGCGUAGGCCAUCUAUUUUUGCACCUUUAAUGUCAACAGAAUCAUUUAUUGAUAUACAUUGCAUAUUGGGCCAUGAAACUAGUCCGUUACAUCCGCUUUGGCAACAAUUGUUAUUUUUAGAAAGUCUAAUUGAACAACUAACAUAUAUGAAAGAUGAAUGCCUUAGCAAUCGACAAAACAUAGUUUUUCCACAGUAUCAAGGUGAUAUAAAAGGUGGAACUGAUGGAAAAAUUGUCCAUAUGUUCCCAUCCAUGUUACAAAGUGUUUCAUCAACCCUAUACAAAAGAGGUAAGUUUGGAAGUCAAGAGGAUAAUGAACAAAAAUUAUUCUGUCAGUGUGUAAGAGAUAUAGUUUCUGCCGAAUGUGUUCAACAAGAAUUUACCGAUAAACUUUGGACAUACAUGUUGGAAUGCAAAUCAUACAAUGACCUAAUUAGUUGCUUUGAUCUCUUAUAUAAGUCAGUUAGAAAUGAAACAUUUAAACCACUUAUUAAAUCCACAAAUGGUACAAGAUUAGCCCAAAUAUUAAAGUCGUUGCCAGGUAAUACAGCAUCUAACCCUGAAAAAUUAUAUGAUCCUGUGCAGCUUCUGAUUGAAAUUGGUAUUGAAAAAUUAAAAAAUGACUACACUCAAGCAUUUAUUUUAUCUAAAAUAGCACUAGCAGAUAAUUUAAAACUGGAGUAUAAUAACAAAUUUUGUAACAUUGAUUACUCAGAAUGGUGGAACACAUUACACUCUUGGAUGAUGUGGCUGUGUAAAAUACACACAGUUUUAGAUCUAUCUGCCGUUACUGAAUCUGUACUAAAUAUUUCGACACAAUGUAUUAUGUCAGUUACUACAAAUGCAUUACGUUAUUAUCUCGGAGACUUGUCACCGCUGAAGUCUUUAAAUUCUGUAAAAUCAAUACCUUUACAAAUAUUUCGUUCUUUGAUUAAUACACACUUUAUUGAACAUCAUAUACCAAAAACAUUUACAUAUGAUAGUUGGACUUUACAUUUGACAUCGCAAAAUAAUAGUAGAAGAGUUAUAAGUGUGUUCCAUCGAAGUACAAAAAAUAUUUUGCCAAAACCAGUUUCAAGUAAAAGUUCAACUAACGGUGACCACAAGGAGAAAAUGUUGGAUCAAACAACUGUCUCGCUAGAAACAUAUUACUGUGUGAAUUUCCACGUUUUAUCUGAUUAUCUAAGUUAAUUCGGAUAAUAAAGGUUUGAAGAGAAACUAAACGGUAUAAAUUGUUUGUGUAUUUUAAAUAUUGUUCAAAUUUUAAGUUGCACAAAAAAAAAAACUGAUUUUUUAUUUAAAUGUUUGAAAUAUUUUUUUAUAUUUAUAUUUUUAGUGCUUAAACAUUUAUUUGAACU